CCAAAGUUUAGCUCGAUGAAAGUUAUUACUUUCUACCUACAAGUCAUGAUUGCUGUAGUGUCUCAUUACUUUGCAUCAUCUGAGUAGUGUUCUUGUGUGAUGAAAGCACUCCCCAAAGAGUCAAAGUGACAUCAUCCUUCGACAGUGGGUGGCAAAAGAGAGGGACAGGCAAAGCUUACAACAGCCGAUCUGGUAAAUAGCUCCUAUAAUAAAUAUUCUGUGACUACAUUUAAUAUCUGUGAAAAUAUUUAAACCAAUUUUUGUUUUCUUUCAGGCCAUGCAUCUUUGGUAGGAUUUCGUUCAAAGAGGAUUCUGGCAUUUGGUCACAGAUCAAUAGACUGUCGAUUUUGUCUCCUUGGUCAUCCUAAAGGAGACCAUGAUUGUAGAAGAAACCACAUUGGUAGUGCCAAAUCAAUGGAGCCCCAGCUUGCUGUUGACCUGAUAACAAGAAACGCCUCAAUGGCAGAAGCUGGUGUGGUGGUGGGGACUCUCAUAGGAGAUGAUGACUCCAGUUCUAUUCAGUCAGUGAGACGUGAGAGUGACAUUCCUGUCGAAAAGUGGUCUGAUCUGAACCACAUCAAGAAAGCUUUUUCCACUGCUCUCUUCAACCAACAUGUCCCAGACAAGACUCGUGUGGCAUUAUGUGUGGCCUUCAGUUAUGCGAUCACACAGAAUCAGUGGAAUCCUGAAGGUGUCAGAGCCGCUUUAUUGAAUAUUGAAUGUCACUUCUAUGGAGAGCACGAUGGUUGUGGCGAGUGGUGCAAGUACAAUGAAGAUCCAGUCAAUUACAAGCACAAGGGCCUUCCUUAUGGGAAGCCACUAUCUUGUGUUGAAUUCAGACCUAAGCUUGCAGCACUGCUUGGUCGCUUUGCAGCAAAUGCUGAAAAAAUUGCUCCUUGUGCCUCAUCUCAGGCUAACGAGAACUUCAAUAAUAUAGUUGCUACUAAAAAUCCUAAAUUUAAGCACAAUUGUUCUUCGGAGGCAUUCCCUUUUAGACUAGCAGGAGCAGUGUGUCAGAAAAACAUAGGCAAACAGUAUGUGAUGAGUGUCUACAGAAAGCUUGGAUUGUCUCCUGGUGAACUAACUGAAAAAUUUAGGUUGAGAAGUGAUGUGAAAAGAUUGGCUCGUUCAGCCCGCCAAAGCACCAAAGAGUACAAAACCAGAAGAUUGUUUUGGGGAAAGAACAAACGCAGGAAGGCCACUGCGCAGGAAAACAGGGAAGGUGUUACUUAUUCAUCUGGUUGUGAACUCAAUGGCAUUGCAGACUUAGCUGAUGACCCCAAUGUAAUGAACCGGCCAGAUAUUUCAGAGAAUGCAUGCCCCGUCUUUUUUGAUUUAGAAACUACUGGCUUGAACACACUGACAUGUGAAAUUCUUCAGAUAGCCGCUCGAUCUGGUGAAAAAGAUUACUCUGCUUAUAUAUUGCCACAGAAAGCCAUUCCAUCAAAGGUUACUACUAUUACUGGGCUACAGUCUCAUGGACUCGAGAUGUAUUAUCAUGAUGAGAAGGUGGACACUGUGCCCUUGAGAGUGGCUAUGAGUGGCUUUGUUUCUUUCCUCAAAGAACAAGGCGCAUCGGUUAUUCUCAUAGCUCACAAUGCACUAAGAUUUGAUGCUCUCAUCAUCUUGAGAGUUAUGAGGGAGCUGAAGAUAAUGGAUGAAUUUUUAGAUGUCUGUGGUGGCUUUGUUGACACGCUUCACCUUUUUCCAGAGAAGGUACCUGGCUUGAAAAGCUACCAGCAGACAUCGGUGGCAGCUCAAUUUAAUAUUUCAACAACCAAUGCACACAACGCCCUGGGUGAUGUCGUAGUACUACAAGCUAUCGUUGACCGAAUUGGUGUGUCUCGUUUUGACCUUGUGCGACAUCUGAAGACGGCAGGAUCGAUUGUGGAAGGUGUGCAGCAGACUGCAAAGAGAAAAAUGAAUGAACAGUCUCUCACUUGUUUGAAGCCAGCUGUGAGUGCUCAUAUGGUUAAGAAAAUUGCUACAGCUGGAAUCACUCUAGGUAUGCUGCAGGAGACCUUCGUUAAAGGUGGCAGUGAUGCUGUGGCAUUUUUACUAUCACAAGAUGUUGGUGGUGCGCCCAAAGUAACAAAACAGAAAACUAAAUUGAUGGCGGUAGCUCAGGCAGUAGAGAAGACUUUGUGAAGACUGUUUGCAUACACAAAAUUGUGUAAUACAUUACUCCAGGUUUCUAAUCUGAAUUUUUUCUA